CGUUUUGCCUCAAGCAAUUUGGCCGGAAACGUCGUUUCACCGCGUGUCCCGACCACGAAUCGUUCUGGUUGAACAUGCUGACAGUAUCGAGUGCGAUCCAAAGCGUCGUGGAAGCAUACGUCUCCAGCGUCGCUCCAAGCAUGUCGGCCUUUGGCUUCUUGACCCUGGUGCCAUGGAGCUCGCAGGAAAAGCCAGCCAACGUGCUGGCCACUGGGGAAAAUCGUGGAGAGGUGAGUUCGGCAAGCAUCAAAUGGAUAGUGGAGCAGCACGAGGUCGUGUUCAUCGUGUCCGUAUACAGGACGAUGCGGGAGAAAAGGGGCGCUCUAAUUGUCUUGGACUAUCUGGGGACGGCGCACCCCGACGCGCUCGUCUUCUUGUUGCAGGUUCCAGACAGGUUAGAUCCCGAGCUGACCAGGGACUACGUCAAUACACUGAUGGCGCGACAGGACGAGCUCUAUAGCUUUGGGGCGACGGGCGUGCUGAUGGAGCUGGAAAAUGACCCGGAGGGGCUGCAAAAGAGGUUAAGUUUGAAGCUCAUAGAGAACGACGUCAUCGGGCAGCGCAUGCGGGCAUAUGAUAACGAUUUGAACCCUGGGGAAUUCCUGACAACAAGCGAGUGCCAGUUCAUUGAGGACGAUUUCCGCGGCCUCGUUUGGACGACCAUCCCGAAUCUGCUGAUGCCCGGUUUCCCGCCUGAGAACAAGAGCUUGCUGGAAUCUGGGAAUCGGGUCGGGGAUUUCCAGCGCGUGCGCCCGUAUCCGAAUCACCAGCACGUGUUAUUGGCGGUGAACGGGCAGCAUGAGAACGUAGUGAUCAAGGUGCACGACAAGCGCAGCAUUUCCGAUGCCAAGGAGGUGGAGAACAUAUACAAAGAGUUCUGUUUCUUGACUCACACCCUUGACCACCCACACAUCAUCCGUUGCGUAAGCAUGUUGCACAGCAAGUGUAAUGUUUAUAUGGUUCUCCAGUAUGGUGGCGACGUCUGCAUGGAGCAAGUGUUGUCGACUCAACCAGGCUACCGCUUGUCCAGGGACGACGCCUUGAACUGCAGUGCCCAGGUCGCGAGUGCUCUUUCCUACUGCCACGCCCAGGAUGUCGUCCAUGGGCAAUUGUCUUUGAGGCACGUGGCGGUAGAGAUAGCAUGGAAUCAGCACAUUUGCCGCCUUGUGGACUUCAGCAUGGCAGCCCACGUUCCAAAUUCCAGCACAAGGGAUACCCUGAGCGGAUCUCUGCCGUGCGUCGCUCCAGAGACGGCGCUGGAGGAGCCGUACUUGCCCAAGCAAGCAGAUUGUUGGAGUCUAGGGGUGCUGUUCCUGGAGACCGCUUGCGGGCAUGGUUCGCUCGAGUUGUCGGUCCGGUGGCGCCGUGGAGAGACCAUCGCAUAUGCCGCACGGCGGAUACUCGAGUUCUUCUCCCAGGCCGGUUGCCACCAGGAGGCGAUGACGAGUAUGGGUAACAACGUUCACGACGACACAACAUUGGCAUGCUUGGAGUCGGUGUUGAAGCCCGAGCCGGUUCGCAGAGCGAAGGCGUCCCACAUGGUAGACAUGAUAUCUGCAGGAACUAAACGGUGAAAUCGCACAGAGGAGGCCGAGAUGCAGCUCACAGUUUCACACCUGCUGAAGCUCCUGUGUCUGCGCGACGCCAAUCUAGAAUACCAAUUUCUCGUGCGGUCAGUGUCCACGAAGCCAGGCAACCACUCAGGAGAGAGUCUGAAUAUUAGUGAGGGGGCCCUCAGCCACGCCAGCAGCCCAGUGCUCAUAAGCGGCUCCAGGCGUCCCUUCCCCCUCCUCCCCCUCCCCCUCCUCCCCCUCCUCCUUUGGCUUCCGAGAGCGGGGGUCCACUGCAAGGAUGGCGGCCGACCGAGCUCGGCCGCUCACAAGUCACGCUGUGCGAAUUUUUUAUUUUAAGGCAUCGCGUCAACCCUUGUUUGGCGCUGGUCAGCCCCCGCUUGCACCCCGCAGCCUAACGGCUGCGGGGCCGAACCAGCGCCGUGGAGCCUUACUUUUACUAGAUGGAAAGCUGGAAAGCUCUUUCCCCGGCGGAGGCGGAGAUGCUUUCUCACAGGCUUAGGUAGUCGAGUGGUGCUCCGUCAGUGCUGCCGAUGGUCGGCUCGUUCCCAUGCGGAGAGUGUUACUCGGCGGGGCAGCUCAAGCGAGG